GGGAGAGCGUACGUGCCGGGCUAGGCUAGCUGGUGUUAGCUUCCUCCUGCCAACCGUCACAGAUUGUUUAGCUGGCAGAGCCGCAACAUGUUCAGAGCUGCCGUCCGACUCUCUGUCUCCGGUGUCCGGAGUUUAGCCCGUGCGGGGCCCGGAUGCCAAGCUCCCUUGGCGUCGAGGUGUUACUCACAUGGGAAGCAGGAGACAGAUGAGGAGUUUGAUGCCCGCUGGGUCACCUAUUUCAGCAAGCCAGACAUCGAUGCAUGGGAGCUGAGGAAAGGUAUGAACACAUUGAUCGGUUAUGACCUGGUACCUGAGCCAAAGAUUCUUGAGGCAGCACUGAGAGCCUGUCGGAGGUUAGACGACUUGGCCAGCGCUGUCCGAAUUUUGGAAGCUGUGAAGCACAAAGCCGGACCUCAUAAAGAGAUCUACCCAUACCUGAUCCAAGAGCUGAAGCCAACAUUAGAUGAGCUUGGUGUCUCCACACCUGAAGAGCUCGGCAUUGACAAACUUAACUAGAUAUCCGACGGUGGAGGUCCGGAAGACGGAACCCUUGUACUUAAAUGUUUGCCUCAUAUAAUACGUGUGAUAUUUAAUUUGGCCUUUAUUAAGUUCUUUUGCUUGUAAAAUAUUGAUGAACCUAAUAAAGGAAAUUGUAUCUUUAUUGAGUGUUAUAAGUAUUUUGGAAAAUUCUGAAAUAGUACUAGGACAUGGUGAGCAUCGCUUGUUUACAUGUUGCUUUAAUUGGGAGCAGAGCGUCACUUUACACUGCAUGUUGUCUGAGUGGGUCUCGCCACUCGAGGGUCCCACUUUGCCUCCAGGGAGCAGCAUUUUCACAUGAAUGUAAACAUCAUUCUACUGUAUGCGGUUUAGAUGGAAGCUGUUUUCAUUUCAGGGAGAAAUUUACAUGCUGAUGAAAUAAACUUGUUCAAAUGGAAA